AUGAAAGUUCACUACUUGGCUCUUCUAUUGCUGUCACUGUCAGCGACCAGCACAAAGGCUUUAUGGAGGAUAAAACUGAAAAAAAUGCCAUCCAUAAGAGAAAACCUCAAAGAAAUGGGCAUCACACAAGCUCAAGUGUUAUCACAGAUUAUGCCGAAAACAGUUGAACCUUCACCCAAAAAUGGCACAGCACCAACACCUCUGAUCAACUACUUAGAUACACAAUACUUUGGUGAAAUUAGCAUUGGUUCACCAGCUCAGAUGUUUAAUGUGGUGUUUGACACUGGUUCUGCCAACCUCUGGAUUCCCUCACACAGUUGUUCUCCUUUAUACACGGCCUGCUUCACGCACAACAGGUAUGACGCUUCCAAAUCUCUCACUCACAUUUACAACGGCACAGGAUUCUCCAUCCAGUAUGCAUCAGGAAAUGUCCGAGGAUUUCUGAGCGAAGAUGUGGUUAUUGUGGGUGGUAUCCCAGUGGUCCAAGUGUUUGCCGAAGCAACAGCUCUCCCUGCUAUCCCGUUCAUUUUUGCCAAGUUUGAUGGAGUGUUGGGAAUGGGCUAUCCAAAUGUAGCUAUUGAUGGAAUUACACCUGUAUUUGAUCGCAUCAUGUCACAGCGUAUCCUAAAAGAGGAUGUUUUCUCUGUGUACUACAGUAGGGACCCAAAACACAUACCUGGUGGAGAGUUGGUGCUGGGUGGCACAGACCCAAACUACCACACUGGAUCUCUCCACUAUAUCAAUACCAAAGAGGAAGGCAAGUGGGAGAUCCUCAUGAAGGGAGUUUCUGUUGGAGCGGAUAUGCUGUUUUGCGCAAAAGGCUGCAGUGCUGUAAUUGAUACAGGCUCCUCCUACAUCACAGGCCCCGCCUCCUCUAUUUCUAUUCUGAUGAAAACAAUCGGUGCAACUGAACUGGCAGAGGGAGAGUAUACUGUGAGCUGUGAUCUGGUCAAGUCAUUACCCAGUGUGGCCUUUCAUCUUGGUGAUCAGGAAUAUCCUCUUACAGAAGAGGACUAUAUUCUCUGGCAAUCAGAGUUUGGUGAGGACAUCUGCACAGUGACAUUCAAAGCGUUGGAUGUGCCUCCCCCUACUGGUCCUGUCUGGAUACUGGGAGCAAACUUCAUAGCUCGAUAUUAUGCUGCGUUCGAUCGAAGAAACAAUCGCAUUGGCUUUGCUCGUGCAGUCUAACAUUUAAUGGGUCCAAUUUAACGUUUACUGCGUUC